AUGGCAGCCCUUGCCCAGCUAUCUCUUCUCUACCCAAUCAAACCAACACCAGUACCAGGUACUUACGCAGUACGGGAUUUUCUUGAAGAAGCCCAGCUCAACCCAGUGAAGCCCACGUACAAUUUUAAAGGAGAAGGCAGAAGGAAAGUACCCAUCUAUGAACAAACAGCUGAUAACUCACUACCAAGUGUUUCUGCAUACGAUCCUCCUACUUUUAUAGAUUUGGCAGGGAAAAAGCUAGCAACAUAUUCAUUUAAAAGCUUACCAAGAAGAAGUCCCAGUACCUUAUGUUUUAAAGACAAGGAUAUUAACACUGCACCAGGACAGUAUGACAUCAGCUCUCCUCCAGUUUCCACAUUUGCUUCCAAGGCUUUUUACGAGGUCCAAAAAUUUGUCAUCUUUGACUCGGAGAAGUUUGCAGUAGCUGGAGGUGGAAAAGAAGGCCCAGGACCAGGUCACUACGAAACAAAGAAAGAACGAUCUCGCACUGUGUGCUCAUGUUUCCAGUCGAAAGUACCCAGGAUGCUGCCAGUCCGCUCAGAUACACCAGGGCCUGGAGCCUAUGAACCCACAAGACAGUUUCCAAAGCAGCCACGAACUAUCGCGAGCUUGGGUCAGGAGCACAGCAUCUUCUUCAGCACUCCAACCGCGUUUUAG